AACCGUGCAGUACAAACUGCGGCGUCGUCUCUUCUCUCCGACGCAGGUCCAUCGUCUUCAACCGCAGCGACAGGCAAUGGAGGAGGAGGAGGAGGGGGAGGUCUUUUCAGCCUGAUCGAUACUUCGCUCUCCGCCGCUCCUGCUAACAUGCCCGAUCCCUGGUCCACUAUUGCUCCUCCUGCCCCUACCACUUCCACUGGCAAUGAAAAUGGCAGUAAUAGCACCAGCCAUGCCCUUGUUCCACCCGCUGUCGCCACCGCAACGUCGUCGAAAUCUCCAUUUGAUGCACCAACAACGGACUUUAUUACACCUGUGCAAGUGAAUAAUACUAACAGUGCUCUUGGUGGAGAUCAACUCAGUCUUGUGGACUCUUUGCCAUGGUCUCCUAAGGAUGCGUUGCAACCACAACAAAAAUUGCCUACAGUUCCAGUGGCAAAUAACAAUCCUUGGGCCACUUUGGACCCUCUCGAGUCCGCCUUCCCGUCCACCAGCGCCCCUUCCCAAAAUGGCAAUGGAAACAGCAAUGCCUCCUGUCGCGGUGAUUUCACCUCUUCCGCUAGUUCUGAGGCUGCUGCUGCUGCAAACGUCCCUAACUCAUCCGGUGAUUCAACGACUACUACAACGGCUACUACAGCAACGCCGACUCGAAAGCGAACCCCGGCCGACUUUCUGGGUGAUCAUAAGGAUCUAGUGGAUCUCGAGAAAUUAGUUGACAGAAAUCCCGGUACGUUAUGCCAAGCCCCUCCAUUCCUCAUCGAUUUUUGUUUUAUUCGUAUUGCCGCUCUUUGGAUUUUGUUUUCUGUUUCAGCUUCCACAAAUCCUUUCGCGACUAGCACACGUCCUCUAACUGGACAUUCAACAAAUCCCUUCAGUGCGAAUCAGCCACGGAAACCCUCUUUGAAUCAGCUGAGUUCAGCAGCUGCAGUAGCAAACGGAGCCCCUAUGGCCUUGAUGGGGGCUCCCGUCAACCGAUCACCCUCUGCAUUCACCACCUUCACUGGAUAUGGAGUCGCUCAACUCUCUCACCCCUUCUUUAACCCCGGUCAACCAAUGUCACAGGGCAUAGCAGCACCACCAAAUCAAACCCAAUCACAGCCUCCACAAAGUCUCAAUCCCUUCUUUUGA